UAAAAUAACAUUUCUGCGCCGAGUGCUGGGUUAUAUUACACCUGUGACGCCCAAGUCGAGUGAGACCUAGAUUUUGGAGUGAGUCUUGCAUUCUGCAGACUUAUGUCAAACUCCCGAGGAGCUGCAAUGGCAUCGAUCGGGGAGUUUGAUCCGCUCAACAGCAGCGUACCUGCCACUAAAAUAGAGAUCACAGUCUCGUGCAGGUGUUUGCUGGAUGUUGAUACAUUUUCAAGGUCGGCACCAGUUGUUGUGUUGUACAUUCAAGGGAUUGGUACUAAAGAGUGGAGAGAGUUUGGUCGAACAGAAGUGAUUGAUAACACUCUUAACCCGGACUUUGUGAGGAAGUUUGUCUUGGAUUACUUCUUCGAAGAAAAGCAGAACCUUCGGUUUGACGUAUACAAUGUGGACUCUAGAAGUUCAAACAUCUCGAAACAUAAGUCCUUCCUCGGCCAGACUUUCUGCACUCUUGGAGAGAUUAUUGGGUCCUCUGGGUCAAGGAUGGAGCGCGUGCUAUCGGGCAUUCCAGGGAAAAAAUGUGGGAACAUUAUCUUUACAGCCGAGGAACUCAGCAAUUGCCGGGACAUUGCAACCAUGCAACUCUGUGCUAACAAGUUGGAUAAAAAGGAUUUCUUCGGAAAAUCUGAUCCUUUCUUGGUGUUUUACCGAAGCAAUGAAGAUGGCACGUUCACUAUCUGUCACAAAACAGAGGUGAUAAAGAAUACUCUGAACCCUGUAUGGCAGCCCUUCACCAUCCCAGUGCGAGCUCUCUGCAACGGAGACUAUGACAGGACAGUGAAGAUUGAUGUUUUUGACUGGGACCGAGAUGGAAGUCAUGACUUCAUCGGCGAAUUUACCACCAGCUAUAGGGAACUGUCUCGCGGACAGAGUCAAUUCAAUGUCUAUGAGGUCUUAAAUCCUAAGAAGAAGGGGAGGAAAAAGAAAUACGUCAACUCUGGCACGGUAACACUUUUGUCCUUCAAAGUGGAAUCUGAAUACACAUUUGUGGACUUCAUUCGGGGUGGAACACAGCUCAACUUCACAGUAGCCAUAGACUUCACUGCGUCAAAUGGAAACCCAUCACAGCCAUCAUCUCUCCAUUACAUGAACCCAUAUCAGCUGAACGCAUACGCCAUGGCCCUUAAAGCUGUGGGGGAAAUUGUGCAGGAUUAUGACAGUGACAAACUCUUCCCUGCCUAUGGCUUUGGGGCUAAACUUCCUCCUGAUGGCAAGAUCUCUCAUGCUUUUCCCCUCAACUCUGACUGUGAGAAUGCAAACUGUGUCGGCAUUGAAGGCGUGCUGGAGGCAUAUUAUGACUGUCUCCGGAAAGUACAGCUCUACGGACCAACCAACUUUGCCCCUGUCAUCAACCAGGUGGCACAGUGUGCGGCAGAGGUGACAGAUGGCUCUCAGUACUUUGUGUUGCUGAUCAUCACAGAUGGUGUCAUUUCCGACAUGGUACAGACUCGAGAAGCUGUGGUUACUGCUGCAUCCCUGCCCAUGUCCAUCAUAAUUGUUGGAGUCGGCCCUGCUGAAUUUGAUGCUAUGGAAGAGUUGGAUGGAGACGAGGUCAGAGUGUCCUCAAGGGGACGUGUUGCAGAGAGAGACAUUGUGCAGUUUGUGCCAUUCCGUGACUACAUCGACCGAACCGGGAACCAGGUGCUCAGUAUGGCCAGACUGGCCAAGGAUGUACUGGCCGAGAUUCCCGACCAGCUGCUUUCCUUCAUGAAGAGCAGAGGCAUCGAACCCAGACCAGCCCUCUCAUCCUCUCCCAUACCACAGAUAAACGUCCACCUCUGAUCCUAGAUCAGUUUUUUCCUACACCCUCAAACACAGCUAUAUGUCCAUGUCUUAUCUCCAGUCAGUCACUGGGGAUGCAUAUUUUCCACAUCAUUUAGCAGUAGCACAUUAUGUAGUUACACAAUAUUAAACGAAAAUCAGGAACACGUUAUUGUAUGUGGUGUUACACUUAAUAAUCAGCCAGUGAUCACUUAAAUAUCCUAACAGUUUGUGCUUGCAUGAAACGGAAGUUGUGGAGGUACUGGGAGGGUGAAUCAAACGAAAACUGCCAGAAAAUGUAUGGGUAAUAUUUCACCCCAAAAUCAAAAGAAAACAUAAGAAAGUAUUUGAGCUGUCAAUUAGGACUACCAUCAGGGCUAAGAAACUUAAUUCCUAAUAUUAAUUAACAAUUUUAAUUUUAAAGAAAUUAUUUCAGGUAGAGGGAAAAAGCUACAAGACAUCUGAUUAUUAAAUUAACGUUGUCUCAUACAAGCCAAACAGCACCAUAUUAUAACUAUUGUUUAUUGCAAAGAACAUAUCUGGGUGUUAACAAAAGUGUGUAAAAUGAUAGAGUCAAAAGAUUUAACCAGUUCAUAUUCUCAAAUCUUAUGUACAAAAGUACACUCCAAAGAUUUUCACAUCUGUAUUUGUCUAUGUACGCAUGCGCUAGACGGACAUCUUUGUCCAUUACGAUGCAUCUUGUUUUUUUAAGUGUGUUGUGCAGGAGCACUGCGUUUUUUUAGACACUGUCAGCUUAAAAGGAAAUUAAAUCUUUUAAACACCUGCAUUCAUUUUUAUUUGUUGUGCUGCUUCUGGUUUUAGCUCAAGAAUGUGAUCGGUCUAAACAACCAUGUCUUGAUAAAGUAGAGGUAUGUACAAACAAACAAAAUUUUCUCCAAAAUACUUCAGCGUGGACACGUUCACAAAAAAGGUGAGCAGCCUUAAUGAAGGAGCAAAGUGGAUCUAUUUCAGGGAGCAUGUUUCUUAAAAAAAUAUUGACUGGGUAAAAGUGGUGUAACAGUUUAAAGGACACCUCCUUAACCUUGUUGGUAAUUAAAUUCAUCGUCAGUACUUUGCAUACAUCUGAAUUUCAAAUGAACAUUUUACCAUUGAAAUGUGUAUUUUUAUUUUGCAUUUGACAAAUAUUUGAAUUUGAAUUUGACAGCUUUACUGCCGAUUUAACACGUUCCUCAAAUUAACGCAAUUAAUCAUGCUCCCUGAUCCAUUUUCAAUGAUAGUAAUAAAGUAUGCAUUUUUGUACCAUUGGAGCAAUUCAAGCUGUAUGUGUAACUUACAGACAUGUCAGCAGGGGGCAGUUAAAUAAACAUUACUUAAAAAGCUCAUUAUGGUGUAUGAAAAAAAUAUAUAAUUUAAAUUUAAAAGCACAUUUGUACAGUGCCAUUUUAAGUAUAUUGUACAUUAUUGUAGUAUUUGUUCUACUGCCUUUCGUUUAUGCUGAACUUUAAAAAGCAAAAAAUUGAGAAUAAGAUUUAUUUUUUCAUUACAGUAAUGAAAAGUUUUGGUGGAAAAUGUGCAUUAUUGUAAUAAAAAUAAUGUCACACAAGGAAAACAUCGUAAUGGGCAUAAAUGUUCGAUAUGCGAAAUAAAUAUUUUUCCUUUGGAUUCUGGGGGGAAAUAUGACCUGGACUUUUCUUUGUGAAAUUCACCCAGGAACACAAGCUGCUGAAACAGAAAGUGAGCGAGUGGAAGCACAGUCUGUCGUACGCCGUAAUACCCAAGCACACCUCGCAUGCACAUGUCACCUUUAAUGGCAUCUUUGUAUUUCACAUACAUUUGUUUCAUUCUCUCACUGGCUGAAUGAGUUGCGCCGGCAUACUUUUGAGUGUGUAAAUAUUUUCUAAUUUGUGCACGAUAUUGAAAGGAGGUAAUAAGAAGCUAAGUCAGGCAGAAAAUCAGAUGCUUGUACAGGAAUGCCUCAAGUACACCUAAUUACCUACUGAAACAGAGGUGCCAAUCAGUGCAGUUCAUCCAGAGAGAGGAAGAUUGGGGGGGAAAUAUCCAGAGUGUAAUCAGGGAGAGAUUAGUGGUCUAAGGAAGUAGGUAGAGGAAUGCAAUGACAAAGAUAAAUUAGGUGAUCACUAAAAUGAUGAGCGAGAGAGGACGAUGCUUUUGGAGCUGUCGGGAUAGAGGUGGAUUUUUUGCGCACACUGCCAUGUUGAAAAUUCUGAUUGCAGAUCCAAAAAUGAUUGUAGACUCUUUGAAUGUUUGUUGAGAUCAGAACAUUCCAGUGGAAUCAUUUAUUUAUCAUUCCUUACAGUGCUUGCAAGGCAACCAUACGUAUUAAACUUAACAAGCUUAACCACUUAACAAACAGACUCCAUUUAAAUGUAGUUUUGUAGAUAACUUCAGUCUUAGAUGUGCUAUCUAUUUUUGGUUUUUAUAAACUUUAUAAAUCCCAUUCAUUUACAAUGAGAGGCUUUUUUGGCAUAUAUGCAAUUUUUUUGUCAUUAUUUUUUGGUAAAACUAUCUAAACAUCCUUUAAACAAGAAAAAAUUACUUUAUAAGCAGAGUGACAUAUAAGUUGUCUUUUUUCAAAUAAACAAAAUCUAGAGAUGUUUAUGCUUAAAUGUAUUAUUAUUAUUUUUUAAAGUUGCCAAUUGGGUAAGAAAAAUAUACUUGCCCCUUUGAAGGGUUUUUCUUACUACACUGGGAAAUGUCAAUUUUGUUAGAUUUUUCUGAAAACAAGACAAAAAUAUUAUUAUUAUUUUAAUUAUUUUUUGGACAAAAUACACUUUUAGCAGAUGUACUCAUUUAAAAUAUAUGGCAGGCAAAAUAUAUUGAUGACUCAAGCUGCACUAUACUCAUUUUUGUCUAAUCAAAUGCUUUCUAGAAUGUCCUCCACCUGCAACAGACCAGCAAAUAGCAAAUCAUGGUUCAUGUCUAUGACAAAGCUAAAAUCUAUUGGUUAUUUAAUGUAAACCAAAGACCAGAUUUUAGAAUUAAACUGUGAAAGACUCACAUUGACUUACAAUGAUGCAGUUUGCCUUGUAAAAUAUAACAGACAGUGAAGACGUCAUUGUAAUAUUUGCAUACUGAAGUCUGAUUGGUCUUCCUUCUUACAUCUAUUAACAUACUGAAUCGGUCUUUUCUUUCUUGCAUCUAUUUAAUCAUAUAGCCAUAAUAUAUAGCAUUUACAGUGCAAAGACAAUGUUUCAUGUUCAUAUUCGUAUUUAUACAGAUUAAAACACUUAAUUACCUAAACAUAAACACUAUUCUUUUACUGCCAUGCAAGCACUGGUAUUUCCUUAAGGAAAUGCAAUUUUAGUUCAUUUGACAUGCAUUAUUGCACUGCACCACAAUGUAUGGAUGUAUCUAUCAUUCAUAACCCUUGUUGCUGUGAUCAAAAUGUUGCUCAGAUAUUUUCAUGUUGAAUACCGUUUUGAAAAUGCUCUCCAUAUUUAUAUAAAGUAUAUACUAAUCCAAGUGUUCUAACUGUUGCUAUAAAGUAGAUAAUCCAUGUUUGUUUCAUAGUAAAGACAGCUAUAUUAAACACAGCUGCUUUUGCCAAAGUGUUACAAUGUCUAACAUUCCUGUGAGAACUGCGUAUCGAUAUGUGUGAGGCAAAGAUGUUCCUUUUAUACCCCUUUGUCGUGUUUUUAAUAAAGCAUGAAUGUCUUGUGUUAACGUCUAAAGAGUCUGACAUGCCUUGCCCCAUAGACUUCCAUUGUGAGUGAAUUGCAACCCGAUUUUUGUUUGUUUUUACAAACUGAGGGACCAUCAAAUGUAUUAUUUUGGUGGUAAACAGAAGAUAACAGAUGUUAUCCAUAGACUUCAGUACAUUCCUUUAAAUGAACUAAGAAUUGUAUUGUUCAUGUUUGGAGAUUUGCAGUAGCUCUUCAGCUCUUCGCUGGCAUCUGGUGGUGAAUAUAUUGUAUGCUAUUGCUGAACCAUAACCUUUCCCCCCUAGUUUUAUGUUGGAAGAAUGUAUGUGUCAUAUGAAAAAACAAGAUAAGCACAAUAUAAUAAUUUUUGUGUGACAAUACAGCGAUACAAAAGCAUUUGCAGCAUUAACAAACACCAGAGAACAUUAUAUAAGAGUUGCAGAAUUCAGUGUGUCGCAAAUCAUGUCCGAAAGCUUUGGGAAACAGAGGAUGUCACUUUUAAAGUUAAAGAGCUCAUCUUGUUAUAAGGAAGUGACUACAGUGAUGAUCAAGAUGAAGUGUUGAUUGUAUGUGACUCAUGAGGGUCUCUUGACAUCUGCUGGAGAUCUCUUUAGAACACAACCGGUUUGUAGAUGUUUCAUUCAACUGCAUGACAGAGAAAGUAUAA